AUGAAAAUGUUUUAUUUUUCAAAUAUUUAAGAAGCUCCAAUUUAAUUAAUUGUUUUUCUUUCAUCAAGAAUAUUGAUUUAGGGAUUGUAAAAUGACCUUUUUAUAGUUUAAGAUUUCAUGUAAAUAAUAAUAGCAACUCUAUGUAUAUUGUUAUUUAUCUAUUAAAAUGAUUAAAAUUAGAGAGCUCAUUUUUAAUUAUAAUUUUCUGAUAAAUAAUGGGGUAAAUUGAAAAAAUUUAAUUAGAAUAAACCUUGCCAGUAAUAAUACAAAGUCCUUUUUUGAUGUUUACUUUUGAUGAAGAGAGAAUUAAUUUUAAUUUAAAAUUAUAGAAUGAUAUAAAAAAAAUCUGUUGGGAUACAGAAAAAGCACCAUCAGAAAAUUUGAGAUCAUUUUUAAGAUCUUAUAAAAUGGGAAAUGAUAAUCUUGAAUAGUAUAUUUUGAAUAGGAAAAGAAGUUGCAAUGAUUAUCAAAAGAUUUUCUAUUAUAAUUUAAGAAUUUAAAGACAUGAUUAAGAAAUAGAAUAAAAAAAGGCAUUAAUAAGAUUAUCAGAUUUUUAUUUAGGAUAAUAAGUAUUUUUAAUAGUAUUUGAUCAACAUGAAUAGAAAAUUCGUUAACUUUCAAAACUUAAAGAUGCUUUGAUUUAAGGAAUAAAUUAACAUUAAAAUUUAACACAUAAUUUUUUAAAGAAAUAAUUAGUUCUAAUGUAAAAUGCAAUAAUUUAAAAAAAUACAACGAAAAUAUUAAAUUGUAAUUAAAAACUUUAUAAGCUUAUAUCAAUUGUUGCUAUUUUUAAAUAAUCUAUUAAUUAAGAUCAAUUAAAUCUGUACAAAUAAUGGGUUGAAUAAGAUAAUUCAAGAAGAUUAGCCUCUAAACUAAAUUAAUAGAUUUUUUUUUUUUAAUUUAAGGUAAGAGAUUAAAAAAAAGAAUGCAUUGUUAUAAAUUUAGUGACUAAUCUAUUGUUAAUUAAUCUUUUUUCAGUUUAGGAUGUUUGA